GCGAUAUUCGCAAAUCGAGAAAGAAACGCUUGGCAUAGUGUUCGCCUGCGAAAAAUUUCACCAGUUUACUUAUGGCCGCAAGAUCCUCAUAGAGACGGACCACCGACCGUUGUUGGCCAUCGCAAAAAAAUACAUCGGAGAAAUGCCACCCCGGCUACAGCGUUUCUUUGUUCGCCUUCUAAAAUACAAUUAUGACUUGCAGUUCGUUCCUGGAAAGGACCUGCUCCUGGCUGACAUGCUCUCCCGCGCGCCCUCCCUUUCACCAAACCCGGAAGCAAUGGAGGACAUCGAGGUCCAUGCAGUUCGUCUAGUCUCGUGCAUGGGACGGCGCCUGCGCACCAACGUUCCGGAAUACAGCACUGAGCUGGGAUGCCCAAUAGUCAAGCAUCAACAGCGGGCCACGGGCAAAACGCUGCACGCUUUGCAGCAAGGAGACACGGUACGCAUACUGGAUGACAACUGGUCACGUAAGGCAAGAGUGCUUCAAGAAGCGGCUCCCCGGUCCCACAUCGUGGAGACGGAGGAUGGAAGGCUUCUAAGGAGGAACAGACAACACCUGCUGCAAACGCGGGAAAAAUACCGCAGGGUAGACGAAGAUGACGACAGCAACGCCGAAAAUAGUAGCUUACAAAACGAAAGACAUGAGCCUCCAGAACAAGGCCAAAGUGCACCCGGGUUAACUGGUCAUCCGCAAGCCAACAUACAGGUCUUCCCCAAAGUGGAGACAUCGGAAGCAGAGCCCCGCAGGUCGACCCGUCAGCGCAACAAGCCUCAACGGCUGCGAUACGAAGCGAAUUUCCGUCAAAUCUCCUAGAUUUUUUUUUUUUCGUGCCUUGUAGUCAUAAAGUCCUUCUUUUUUGUUUCUUUUUCUCUCGUUAAAGGAAAGGAGAUGUAUCAUACUUGGCCACCACGGAAGCAGACGAGCUGAUAGCAGCGCAUCCUUCUUUCCCCUAACCACUUCUGCGCAUGCGGCACCCUCGCACACGAAGAUAUAAAAGCAACCACAAUAAAGAGACAGGGGUCUUUCGAUGCUCAACCACUGUGUGUGUCGACUUGCUCAGAGGCGCACGAUACAUCCUGGUGGUCAAAAUUAAUCAGGAGUCCCCCACCAUGGCGUGCCUCAUAAUCAAAUCGUGAGUUUGGCACGUAAAACUGUAGAAUUUAUUCCCUGGGCUGUCGGAAGUAUGAUGGCUGCUGACGAUGCUGAUUCCAUCAUUGUGGCUCUGGGUUUGGUCUUUGUGGUCAUCACGGGUAGUAGUCCAUGCUCUGGGGGCAGGUUUUUAACCCUGAGGCUUGCUCUAUGGUCCGGGACAACGCUGUUGCAGUAUUCGGAUUUCGGGCUUGGGUCACGGCUUUGUAGGUGCAUUCGGUACAUGAACCCGCAAGCACCUCCACCAGAUGUUACGUAGUAGUGAUGGUGAAAGACGCUGUAGCAAAACUGUGAAUGACAAGACAACUCUUUAUUGGGUGAACCUUGUGCCCACAAAAAUAUACACUGCACUUAUAGUACAAUGUGUGGGGAUUGUUGGAACCUGAGUGCUGACGCCCGUUGUUGCAAAUGGGUCGCAAGCCCCAAGGGUAGCGUUGGCCUGGCGGCCUGGGGCACUGGAAGCAUCCGAAGGUCCCGGCAAAGCAUGAGUCGACUGGUAACAGAACAACUGGUUUAUUCUAACAUCGCAAAAGAGCGGGCGGUCAGGUCGACCGAAGUGAGAGACGGGAGAGCACGUAACUCGACAGAAGAAAUCGGAGCCUCUCUCCUGGCGUCCGGGGGCAGCUGCUCCUAUACUCUCGGCGUCGCGGGCAAGAAGGAAGGUCACGGGAUGAGACCACGUGACGGCGGAGCACGGGCGAGCUGAGAUACAUGUUGAGACGAGUGUAGUGACGCAUCGCCAACCCGGCGCCGAUCAGACCUCCUCGCUUCACACUUGGGGAGCUCCUCUCCCCGGCUGCCGCGCUUUGACAAGCGUGGGCACACACACACACAGGCACACACGAAGACGCGUGGCACUGAAACACGCCUGGACGCGCUUGGCGGGGAGGCGUAUCGGCGGCGCUGAACGGGCCAAAAUGUCCGCUGCUUGGAACGAAGCCCCGGCGUCCGUUGCAUCCGCGCCGGCUAUACCGCGCGUCGUAGGCGAAACGUAACAGGAUGCUCGCCUCCCACGUGUCCCCUGAUGUUGUUUUCCCCGCAUGGCUCUCACGUCUCCUGUAAUUCGGCUUCUCCCAUAGCUAAGUGCCAGCGGCGGUCAGUGUGGUUACAGCAUAUUACGAGAGAUGGCAUGAGUGUUGCACUGCUAACGUCACUUAUUGGUGGGGUUACUCGGGCAGAGCAGGGAGUAGGCUCUUCCUCUUUGGCUUGGGGUUGGCAAGUGAUGCGGAGGCUCUGCGCGUGUGCUGAUCCAUGCUUUGUGGGAUUGUCCUGAGAAAGGCUUAGGAGCAUGACGCCGGAAUGGAUGAACACGAUUGUUUGAACUCACCAUAGCUCUCAUGACCGUGCACGUGAACAAUUGGGCGUUGGUGUCCAGAAUAGGAGUGAACAUAUUCGCUUGCUAUCGCGGUGAGUAAGACUUCCUCCAUUUGUUGCAUGCCCAUCGGCGUGUACUGUAGAUAGCAAUUUGGCUAGUAGGCAUUAGUGUAUGAAAGGUUCAAUAAAUGCCCUUGUGAUU